AUGUCUUAUCAAUAUCCCCCGCCAAACCAGCCGCCUUACGGCGCACCAACUGGUCCUCCCCAUGGCUAUCAACAGCCUCCUUACCCUCAACAGCAAUACGGUGCUCCUCAAGGUGCUCCUCCCCAGGGUCAAUACGGUGCCCCUCAAGGUGCUCCUCCCCAGGGUCAAUACCCGCCUCAACAAGGUUACGGCCACCCUCCCCCGCAGCAGGGCGCAUACUACGGUGCUCCCUCCCCGCAACCCCAAGCCGCCUCCCCCGGCGGUCCCGGCUAUGGCGCACCGUACGGCGCACCCCCAAUGGGACAACCCCAAGGUGGCAUGGCUCCCUACAUGGGAGCACCUUCAGUGCCAUCACUUGGCUACGUCCCCGGCCAAACCGCACCAGGCGACUUCCGCCCCCAAGCCGAUGCACUACGCAAAGCGAUGAAGGGCUUCGGCACCGACGAAAAGGCCCUCAUCCAAACCCUCGCCCCCCUCGACCCGCUCCAGAUGGCCGCCGUGCGCGCCACGUAUUCCUCGCACAUCGGCCGCGAUCUCUACAAAGACGUCAAGUCCGAGUGCGGUGGCUACCUCCGCGACGGCCUCCUUGCCGUGAUCGACGGCCCAUUGAUGCACGACACAGCCUGCGCGCGCGAAGCUAUCGAAGGCAUCGGUACCAAGGAAUGGCUCAUGAAUGACGUCCUACUCGGCCGAUCGAACGCCGACCUCAACGCGAUCAAGACCGCCUACGAACGCACCUACCGCCGCCCGUUGACCAAGGACGUGGAAGGCGAUUUGUCGUUCAAGACAGCUAGCCUCUUCGCGGCUGCUUUGCGUGCUCAGCGCCACGACGAGUCUAUCCCGCCUAACCCGCACGCGAUGGAGAAUGAGGCGCGCACCCUGCACGAAGCUACCUCGGCACGCAUGGUGAACAAUGUCACCGAGGUGUGUGCUAUCUUUGCACGCUCCUCGGAUAACGAGAUCCGCGCUAUUGACCAGGCCUUCCACGCACGAUACCACGCUUCCCUCGAGAAGCACAUCGAGAAGGAGUUCGCCGGCCACAUGGAAGAUGCCCUGCUGCAUAUGUACCGCACGGCGAAGGACCCUGCUAUGCGCGAUGCAAUUCUACUCGAGGACUGUAUGUCUGGCAUGGGAACCAAGGAUGAGCGCCUGGUCGUGCGCGUUGUCAGAGUCCACUGGAACAGGAACCAUAAGGAGCAGGUCAAGCGUGCUUAUCAUCGUAAGUUUGGAAAGCACUUGAUUGAGCGUGUUCGCGGCGAGACUUCGGGCGACUACCAGCGUUUGAUGGUUGCUUUGCUCGAGUAG